UAACCAGUAAAGGAAAGUGGAGUUUGAUCUUUGGGAGCGUGGAGGGAGCUUCGAGGCAAACGUGAGAUUGCUGAAUUCGUGACAUGCUGUGUUGUUUGGAACAGUUGAGGACGCUUAAGCCAGUCCGGCUGGAAUGAUUUUGAGUGUGUGACGACAUAUUGAAAGAUGGGUUUUGACCUUGUAGACCGCCAAAGGACCAUGAUGCCUUCAAUUCAGUCGCCCUCAUCAAAGGGAACAAGCACCCUGGAAACUGUCGAUAUAGUGGUGCUGGUAAUCUACUUUAUACUGGUGAUGGGUGUUGGCUUCUGGUCUAUGUGGAGGACAAAGCGCAACACCGUGGAUGGAUACUUCUUGGCUGGGAAAUCCAUGACCUGGUGGCCAGUCGGCGCUUCGCUGUUUGCCAGUAACAUUGGCAGCGGGCACUUCAUCGGCCUGGCAGGGUCAGGAGCUGCAGCGGGAAUCGGGGCCAUUGCGUACGAAUGGAAUGGCAUGCUGAUGGUGCUGAUGCUGGGAUGGCUCUUCCUGCCCAUUUAUAUCGCCUCUGGGGUGACGACCAUGCCAGAGUAUUUGAAGAAGCGGUUCGGUGGAAGAAGAACGCAGUUAUUUAUUGCCGUCUUGUACUUAUUUAUCUACAUGUUUACGAAGAUAUCGGUGGAUAUGUAUGCAGGCGCACUUUUCAUUCAGCUCGCCUUACAGUGGAAUAUCUACCUGGCUGUGGUGGUGCUGCUGUCAGUCACUGCCCUUUACACUGUGGCAGGUGGUCUGGCGGCAGUCAUCUACACCGACGCGGCUCAAACUGCCAUCAUGCUGGCAGGAGCUCUGACCCUCAUGGGCUUCAGCUUUGCCGAGAUCGGAGGCUGGAACGCUCUGAUGGAGGGUUACGCCCACGCCAUCCCGUCGAUCCGCGUGCCCAACUCGACCUGCGGCAUCCCUCGAGAUGAUGCCUUCCACAUAUUCAGAAACCCGGUGAACUCUGACCUGCCUUGGCCUGGUAUUAUCAUCGGCAUGUCCAUCCCCUCCAUGUGGUACUGGUGCUCUGAUCAGGUGAUUGUGCAGCGCUCCCUCGCAGCCAAGACACUGACCCAUGCCAAAGGAGGCUCGCUGCUGGCUUCAUACCUCAAGAUUCUGCCCUUCUUUGCCAUCAUGCUUCCUGGCAUGAUCAGCAGAAUACUCUUCACAGAUGAGGUGGGGUGUGCAGAACCUGAGCAGUGCAAAGAAAUCUGUGGCAACCCAGUGGGCUGCUCAGACAUCGCCUACGCCAAGCUGGUCAUGGAGCUGCUGCCGGCAGGACUGCGGGGUUUAAUGAUGGCCGUGAUGAUCGCCGCUCUCAUGUCCUCUCUGACGUCCAUCUUCAACAGCUCCAGCACAAUCUUCACCAUGGACCUGUGGAAGAGUUUCAGAUCCAAUGCUUCUGAGUGGGAGCUCAUGAUUGUGGGCAGGGUGUUUGUGCUCGUCUUGGUCGUGGUGUCUGUGCUGUGGAUUCCCGUGGUCCAGGCCAGUCAGGGCGGACAGCUCUUCAUUUACAUCCAGUCCAUCAGCACCUACCUCCAGCCCCCUGUCUCUAUCAUCUUCCUCAUGGGCUGCUUCUGGAAGAGGACUAAUGAGAAGGGUGCAUUCUGGGGCUUGCUAAUUGGCCUUGUGGUGGGCUGCAUUCGCAUGUUGUUGGACUUCAUCUACCCUGCUCCUCUGUGCUACGAAGAAGACACCAGGCCUGCGGUGCUGAAAUACGUCCAUUACCUCUACUUCUCUGUCCUGCUGUCCUUCAUCACCCUGGUUGUUGUGGUGGUGGUCAGCCUGGCAACAGAGAAACCUAAACCAGAGCAGAUCAGUCGUCUCACGUGGUUCACCAGGUUUGACCCCGUGCAGUCCAAAGAGCAAGAGCAAGUGUUCACCAUCGAGCGGAGCAGCACAGCGUUACAGGAGAUCACCGGUCAGCCGGAGGGGGUGGAAGUCAACGGAAUAAAACAAGAGAGCGGCAAUGGAGACGCGGGUCAUCACAGGAGAGACUCUGCGUCGUCCGCGUCCAGCGAUCCGCCUCAGUCUAGGUGGAUGUCUGCUCUCUACUUGCUGUGUGGGAUGGAGAGGAGGAAGCGGGGAGACGGCAAUCCUCCGCCGCCCCCUCCGGCACCCGAACCAGCCACCCUGGAAGAAAAGCCGCGCCUGCAACUCCUCGUGAAUGUCAACCUCAUCAUCAGCCUCGCCGUGACGGCCUUCAUCAUUGGUUAUUGGGCUUGACUGGCAGGUUAUGACACUCAAAAUGGACACAGUGUGUUGAAUAUUUCGUUUUUUGCUUUUUUCCCCUUCACAAUACAUGGUUGCUGUCUAAGUAUUUUUGGAAAAUUCUGAUUAAACUCUGUUCCCUUUACAAUA